UGGUUUUAUCAUCAGUGACAUUUCAGAGGAUGAAGGCCUCUCCUGUCCUCUUCUGAUGAGGGUGAGGGAUGAGGGGGGGCUCCCAGCUCCUAGCACUUUCUCCCCUCACCCCGAAGUGCCAUCAGAACAGCUCUGGGCUGUGACAUCACAGAGCCCCCACCUCAUGAUAGGAGUCAUGAGGCUGAGACCACAGCUGCUGGUGUGGGCGUGGCUGGCUGCGCUAGGGGCCAUCGAAACUGCACCCAGACCCAAGCGUGCCAGGGCAUCGGCCCUAAGGACAAAGUCUCCAAGCUUCUUGGACAGACCUGACUUCUUUGAUUAUCCAGACUCGGACAAAGCCAGGCUCCUGGCUGUGGCCCAGUUUAUUGGAGAGAAACCUGUCGUGUUCAUUAACUCAGGUUCCAGCCCUGGACUCUUCCAUCACAUCCUGGUGGGCUUCCUGGUGGUGGUGUUCUUCUUCCUCCUUUUCCAGUUCUGCACCCACAUGUAAGUGAGGGGAAAAGAAGAGACCAGAAGAUGCCCACAGACAAAAGGGCACAGAUAGAGUGCCAAAAUAAGCCCAGGCCAGGGACAGCCAAGCGUUAAGGGGAAAAUGCAGAGCAAAAGGAGCCAAGGACAGAGAAAGUUCCACAUACUUGGAGAGUAAACAAAAAUGAGAAAUGGAGAAUA